UCGAGGUCCAGUAUGUCAACCUGCAAACUACUAUAAAAGCGUGAAGAUGCGAGAUAAUUGAUAUCAGUCUCCGAUUUGCGUUUAUCAUAGCCUAACCUAGUCCACUAGCCCAGUGCUCCGUCAGCCAAAUAGUUUCAGCCAAAAUGUUCAAACUGGUUGUCAUCUCCGCCGUGCUUGCACUGGCCGCCGCUCAAAACCCCCAGGACGCCCAAGCCCAGGUGCUCGCCCAGGAAUCCGUGGUCAACCCGGACGGCUCCUACCAGUACCGGUACGAAACGAGCAACGGCAUCUCGGCCCAGGAGAGCGGCGUCGGCGGUCAAUCGGCCCAGGGCAGCUACUCGUACACCGGCGAUGACGGUGCCCAGUACACCGUGAACUACGUUGCCGACGAGAACGGAUUCCAGCCGCAGGGAGCUCAUCUGCCCGUUGACCUGCCCGCUCCCGAACACGUGCUGCGCACCCUGGAGCAGAUCCGCGCCAACCCACCACGAGAUGAUCCCAACUUCAGCUUGGACGCUUUGAACGCUGCCAUCGCCCGGCUGAGCGGAAAGAAAUAAACUGCUGUGGAUAGGAAUGAUCGAAAUGAACCCUGACAAAUACUCCUCAAACAAACCGAAACGUGCAAACGAAAACUUCUAGGCUUUAUAUGCGAUGUAAAGCCAUACCUCUUGUAAAUAGUCUUUUUUGCGUUGAAGUCUUUAGUUUAUUUUUUUAUGUUUCUCGCACCGUUUACAACUAUUUGCUAAAAUUAUUUUUUAUCGUACCUAAAAGUUCAGUAAGAUCUGGACCAAUUCCGUGCACAUUUUAUGAAAAAAUGGGCUCAACUUGAAAAAAAGAAGAGUGAACAACAUCGAGAGUGCUGUAGAUUGUAUUAAGCGGUAAACUAGUGUAUAUAUGAAAGCAACGUGUCUUCGUUAUAGUCGUGAAAUAAAUACUGAACUGAAAAGUUCUGAUUCAAA